CCCGCAUGGCGACGACGAUUGAUUCCGUAGCUCCUGGUCGGUUUGGAAUCAAUAUAGUCACCGGGUGGCAGGCGGCGGAGUACACACAGAUGGGUCUCUGGCCAGGGGAUGGGUAUUUUGGGUACCGGUAUGAUUACGCGACGGAAUAUGUGCAGGUCAUGAAGGAGCUUUGGGAGAAGGGCGUGUCGGAUUUCAAGGGGAAGCACUUCACUAUGGAAGACUGCAAGAUGUCGCCGCGGCCGGGGAACCCGAUCCAGAUCGUGGCCGCAGGCCAGUCGGGGCGCGGAGUCGAGUUCGCGUCCAAUUAUGCAGAUUACAACUUCGCUAUGGGGUCGGGGAUCAACACCCCCACAGCGUACGGAGCGGCGAGCUCGCGCUUGGUGGAGGCUGCCAAGAAGGUCGGGAGGGAUGUGGGCUCGUACGUGCUGUUUAUGAUCAUCGCUGAUGAGACGGACGAGAAGGCACAGGCGAAGUGGAUGUUGUAUAAUGAGGGGGUUGAUCAUGAAGCGCUGGCGUGGAUGAAGGGGCAGACUUCUAAGGAUACGCAGGCUGAUAAGAAUUCGACGGCGCAGAAUAUUAGUCUGCCGGAGGGGGCGGUCAAUAUGAAUAUGGGCACCUUGGUUGGCUCGUAUGAGAAGGUGGCCGGUAUGCUGGAUGAGAUUGCGUCGGUGCCGGGUACUAAGGGUAUCAUGUUGACGUUUGAUGACUUUUUGGAGGGGAUGGAUAAGUUUGGUGAGAAGAUUCAACCACUGAUGAAGAGUAGAGAAGGCAAAGCAUAGAGCCUGCGAAUAUCAAGAGAAUCUAGUUGCCUACAGGUUUUGUGUAGAUCGUGAUACCUACAAAUCCCACAGCAUCUCAACAUGGGCUUGCCGGGUUUGUCGUCAUCCGAGGAUACUCACCCGCACCCGUUUGUUUAUCACGACCUCGGAUCUCAUGUACUUCAUGUGUUUGUGGCGGUUGAUUAUGCAACAGGUGACAUGAUCUGGGCAUGGAAAUGGAAACACUAGAAUCGCAGCGGCUGUCGCCGAUGUGUGAAAGAGGCUCGAGGUGGUCGAUGAUGAUUUCUCGUAUCAAUCAAUCUCGUCGAACCUACG